GCUUGAUCUGCUAUAGGCACAUAUGUGAAAUACUAUAUCUGCUGAAACAAAAAAAUCAAUCAAAUUAGAAACUACAGAAGAGAAAUGGGCACUAAUAUUUCACGUGAAGAGCUGAAUGAGUACCGUGAGCUUGUGAAGGACCGUAUUUCCGAGGAAUCUAUCGAAUUUUUUUUCAACAAGUUUAUUAAAUAUGCCCCGGAUGGUCAUAUGUUGCCAAUCCAAUUCAAACACUACAUUAACAGUACAGGUGUUUACAAGCACAAUAAGCUCUGCUGGGACAAGUCAAGGCAACGGAGACCUCUCGUUCGCGCCGCGGGGAUCUUUUCCCUAUGGGGAGAUCACACAACUUCAUACGAAAAUGAAGACGAUGAAGAUGAGUCUUGUAUGAUCACCAAUUCACAAGAGCUAUAUACAGGAGACACAAGCGACAUGUAUCCACAUCUUUUUCGCGCUUAUGACUUUGACGGUGAUGGUAUUAUUACAUUCAAAGAGUUCUUGAUUUACCACUUGGCAAUUAUUUAUAGUACAGAGGAGCUUUUUCAGGUUAUUUUCAACACCUACGACACUGACAAUGAUGGUUUCCUAUCUCUUACUGAUAUUAAGUCCGUUAUUACGGCUGCCACGUUUUAUGUUGGAGACUACGAUGUGCGGGAUAGGGAGGUACAGCGUGUAAUUGAUGAGGAGGCGCGUCGUCUGAUGGGUUUCUUGGAUAUUCAUCAGCAGGGUUUUGUGUGGAAAGAAGACAUGCGUCUUAUUACCCAACGCUAUCCUCAAAUUCUAGAGAAAAUGAAAAACUUGAUGUGAGCGUGUCAACUGGCGUGUGCUCCGGAUUCUGUGGUGGGUGCAAGGGUAAAUCCUUUUCAUGUAUGUGUGCCCUGUUUUACACGGUACCUUCUGUUUUUCUGUAUACACUGGUUUAAGUAUAUCUAUUUUUGGGGGGGUUUCAAUUGAUACAUUCUUCUAUAA